AUGUCAAAAGCGACCACUUAUUCUAAUACUUCAUCCGAUGACGGAUAUCCAAAGUUAACAAUCCAAGGUCCUCUUUCAAGAAGAGGCCACGGCCCAGGGUUACUCCUCCUAGUCGACGCGGAGCUCGAUCUUCGUAAGCACAAGAAGACUUUAGACCCGCCGCCUUUGUAUAAAUGGGCCGAAGAGGGUUUUGCAGUUGCGCAAUUAAGCGUAACGAAAUCCGAUAGAAUAUUGAUACACGAUGGCAUACGCUCGGCACUCUCCAAGCUACUCACAUUACCGUCUUGUGAUCAAGUUGAGAAGAUUGGAAUCAUCACUUAUAUGCCUGUCUUGGAAUCCGGUGUACUAGAAGCCAUCGAGGCCCAUCCCGAAAUUUGUACCGUCGUCUGUUACGGUGCACUACUAACGGGUGUCACUACUAGCAAGUUGCCGUUAUUAGCUCACAUACCUGGACCUUUUACGAAAGCCCAAGAGGAUGAUAGUAAUAAUGAAGAAGGGGGUAACGAAAAGAAGUAUCACUACGAGAGUGCCAAAUCCUUCUUUGCGAUCCCCGCACAUGAAAACUAUCACGCUACUUCAGCAUCGGUGGCCCACACGCGUUCGCUCUCUUUUCUGAAGCCGCUUGUUGGCGCCCCCUAUUUCGACCUCGAGAAAGUGUGGGACGAGCACACGUACUGGGAAUUCCAAGCGCGAUCCGUCGAGGAGACGAUGGCGACUAUGGUUGAAGAACCCUACGUGAACCACGUGCCGACGCUCACAGGAGGUGUUGGACGACAGGCUCUGACCGAAUUUUACAGAGACAACUUCAUCUUCAGCAAUCCACCCGACACACAGCUUGAGCUCGUGAGUCGGACCGUGGGUAUCGAUCGCGUGGUCGAUGAGUUCCUAUUCAAGGCGACUCACGACCGUGUAAUAAACUGGCUCAUCCCCGGCAUCCCAGCAACAGGGCGAUUUAUCAGCGUUCCGUUCACGAGCGUGGUGAACAUACGCGGCGAUCGUCUCUACCACGAGCAUAUCAGCUGGGAUCAAGCGACGCUUCUUAGACAGCUAGGCUUGCUUCCAGAGUAUCUUCCGUUCCCAUAUCCGAUCGUGUCGGAUUCAGGGGCAUCAUCUGCGACAAGCUUCGAAUAUCGUCUCCCCGUUGCCGGUGUUGAGAGCGCACAUAAACUGGCGGACGAGAGCUCGGUGGGUUCGAAUGCGAUGCUUCAGUAUAAAUACAGGGAAAAGAUGUAGUUUGUACUUGACACCUGAGGCAUGUCUGAAGUUCUUUACACACAAUGUAUGUCAUACAUUCUCGUUCCUUUAGCUAACACAGUAUCUUUACUGUAACCAGCAACGCAGAUAAAUUUCUAUUAAUAGGCUGAUAGGUUGUGCAGGGUUACAGCUCACAAGGGUACAGGUUUUAUGUAAAUAUACCUUAUCCAUCCAAUGCUUAGAGCCCAAAAGCUCCCGCCAAGAAGAUCUCCAGGUUUCAAACCAAGGCUCUGACGUUGGGAUCGAUGCUGCUUUACAAUACUUUAGCUAAUUU